AUGUGCCCGGCUCCCCCACCGGAAGCGAAAGGGUCCGCUUUUGCUCUGGGGGCUGUCGCUGUGUGUUGUUUACAGCCGACCUACUGUCGCCCAAGGGCUCCCGGGAGAAGCGAAGCCUCAGGCACCGAAGCACCAUGGGCAGGAAGGUGACUGUGGCCACCUGCGCCUUGAAUCAAUGGGCGCUGGAUUUUGACGGCAACCUGGAAAGGAUAUUGAGAAGUAUUGAAAUUGCUAAACAGAAGGGAGCAAGAUACCGGCUUGGGCCAGAACUUGAAAUUUGUGGAUAUGGCUGCUCUGAUCAUUACUAUGAGUCUGAUACACUUCUACAUUCAUUUCAAGUUCUGGCCAAACUUUUGGAAUCUCCUGUUACUCAAGACAUAAUCUGUGAUGUUGGAAUGCCUGUCAUGCACCGAAAUGUUCGCUACAAUUGCAGAGUGAUCUUCUUAAACAAGAAAAUACUUCUGAUACGACCAAAGAUGGCGCUGGCAAAUACAGGAAACUACCGGGAGAUGCGAUGGUUCACUCCUUGGAGUAGAUCACGGCAUGUGGAAGAGUAUUUUCCUCCCAGGAUGAUACAAGAGAUAACAGUUCAGGAAAGUGUCCCAUUUGGUGAUGCAGUUCUGGCAACUUUAGAUACCUGCAUAGGAAGUGAAAUCUGUGAAGAACUGUGGACACCAGUCAGUCCUCACAUUGAAAUGGGAAUUGAUGGAGUGGAGAUCUUCACAAAUUCUUCAGCGAGUCACCAUGUAUUGCGAAAAGCUAAUACCCGAGUGGAAUUGGUAAAUUUUGCAACAGCUAAGAAUGGUGGGAUAUAUGUCAUGGCUAACCAGAAAGGCUGUGAUGGCGAUCGUCUGUAUUAUGACGGCUGUGCUAUGAUCUCUAUGAAUGGAGACACUGUUGCUCAAGGACUUCAGUUUUCUCUGGAUGAUGUGGAAGUGUUGACUGCCACACUGGACUUGGAAGAUGUCAGAAGUUACAGGGCGGAAAUAUCCUCUCGAAACUUAGCAGGAAGCAGAGUGACUCCUUACCAUAGAAUAAAAGUAAAUUUUGCCCUGUCAUGUUUUGAUGACGUAUGUACACCUGUGAGCGAGCCAAUCCAGUGGAGGUAUCAUAGUCCUGAGGAAGAGAUCAGCCUUGGCCCUGCAUGUUGGCUUUGGGACUAUUUGCGGCGCAGUAAACAGGGAGGAUUUCUUUUGCCACUUAGUGGUGGCGUGGACAGUUCUUCUGCAGCCUGCGUUGUGUACUCCAUGUGUCUUCAGGUUUGUUAUGCAGUACAGAAUGGAAAUCAGAGUGUGCUGGACGAUGUGCGCAAAAUAGUAAAUGAUGAGGCCUACACACCAAAGGAGCCUCAGGAACUUUGUGGACGUGUCUUAACAACUUGCUACAUGGCUAGUGAAAACUCCUCUCAGGAAACAUGCAAUAGAGCCAGAUGUUUGGCUGAAGAGAUAGGCAGUUAUCAUAUAAACAUAAACAUAGAUGGAGCUGUGAAGGCUGUUUGGAGCAUUUUCAAUGCCGUAACAGGACGAUUGCCCCAGUAUAAAGUACAUGGAGGAAGUGCCACGGAAAAUAUGGCCCUACAAAAUGUGCAGGCCAGGAUAAGAAUGGUACUUGCCUACCUGUUUGCACAGCUGAGCCUAUGGAGUCGCGGAAUGCCAGGUGGACUGCUAGUACUUGGAACAUCUAAUGUGGAUGAAAGCCUUCGUGGAUAUUUCACAAAGUAUGACUGUUCCAGUGCUGACAUCAACCCUAUUGGUGGAAUUAGGAAGACAGACUUGAUCAGCUUCAUCCAGUAUUGCAUUGAUAAUUUUCACCUAACGUCGCUCAGAAGUGUUGUGUCUGCACCACCAACAGCAGAGUUGGAGCCCCUGAAAAAAGGAGAGGUCACUCAAUUAGAUGAGGAAGACAUGGGGAUGACGUAUGCUGAACUCUCUGUAUAUGGCAAACUAAGGAAAAUAGCCAAGUCUGGACCGUACACUAUGUUUUGCAAGCUAAUCACAAUGUGGAAAGAUAUUUGUACUCCAAGAGAGGUGGCGUCCAAGGUUAAGCAUUUCUUCCGAAUGUAUUCUAUCAAUCGACACAAAAUGACAAUUCUCACCCCAUCCUACCAUGCUGCAGACUAUAGCCCUGAUGACAACCGUUUUGAUCUGAGGCCCUUUCUUUAUAAUACCGCCUGGUCCUGGCAAUUCAGGUGCAUAGAUGAACAGGUUUCAAAAGUAGAAUCCAAGGAAGUGAACUCCAAGCUUGAAGAUGUGGCUUGAUUCCUCUCACUCUUGAUCAUAUCUUGAAGAUCAGAAUUUCUGCAGGUUCCCUGAAUUAUUUUCAUCAUUAUUUUUGAUCAUGUUACUGAUUUAUGUUACUGUAAUAUCAACAGUAGUAAACUAUUCAAACUGAACACAUAAAGUAUGAUUAUGGUUAUAAAAUUGUUCCAAUUACACAGUUUAGUAUGUUUUCUUGGUUUCUGAUUGUCUCUUUAUGAAGGACAUUUUAGUCCUUGUUUUGAAUCAUCCCUCUCCACAGUUUGACAUGAGACAGUCUCAGCUGUUUUUUAAAAUCAACAGCUUUUAUUUUUUUUAGAAAAAUCAACAAUCACCAAAAAUAAAUUAAACUAAAUGUUUAAACAGAAAAGAAGAAUAAGCACUGACGCAGAAUAAAAUUGCAGAAUUGAAUUGAAUCAGUCUAUUUUCUAAGAAAUUGCUCUUGC